AUGGAGAGCUCCGGCACGACCGCGUCUCGCGCGCAUCACUCCGACAUCUCUCUCCACAAUGACGAGCCCACUCGUCCGAACCAUACCGACUCGAUGGUGACGGUACCCUUGUCCGAUGUGCAUUCGACAUCCGAACACUCGCAGCCCGAUUGGCGAUCGCUCGACAUUCCUCCGACCCCUCUCGGCUCAGAUGCCUACAGCGGAAACGAAGCUGAGAGGAGGACAACACCUACGCAGGAUGAUGUGAAAUCGGAUGGACGGAUGGAUCGAGCCUUUGAUGCCGCUCCUUCCAUUCGAUCUCGGAGUAGUGACGAAUAUGAUCGCGGCGAGGGAGUCGAUUGGGAAGAAUUGGAUAAGACGGAGGAAAAAGAAUUCCGUGGCGAGAGAUCAGACGAGUCCACCGCGCUCCUUCUUGCCCGCCUGGAGCAGGAGAAUAAUGCUCUGGCGACGAACCCCAAGUCCGUCAGUCAACACCGGUUACAUACACGACCAUCACGAGCGCAAUCGCUGCAUCAGAUCAAGCGGUUGAUCAAUGAUGACCCUCGAUCCUCUCUGCGGUACUCCCAGCUUCCCCCACCCCCCAUGACCGAGCUGGAAUUCUGGGCGGCCUUGGUCGCUGACUACCCUCAAACCGCUCAGCGACUGCCCACGUUGACCUCGAACAAAAUCCGUGGAGGAAUCCCGCCGCCCCUUCGAGGCGUGGUAUGGCCGAGUCUGGCUGGCGCUCGAGAUUCUUCUCUACUGGUCGAGUAUCAGAGACUGUGUGGGGAAUCGAGCCCGUACGAGGGCUUGAUCGGGAAAGACAUUGGCCGCAGCUUUCCCAACGUGGAGAUGUUCCGUGAUCCUCACGGAGAAGGGCAGCAGAUGCUCGCGCAGGUGCUCAAAUGCUUCAGCCUUUAUGAUACCAAGAUUGGGUACUGCCAGGGGCUGGGCUUCGUUGUUGGACCGUUACUCAUGCACAUGACGGAUGCAGAAGCAUUCUGUGUGCUCGUACGGCUCAUGGACUACUAUGGUCUGCGGACAUGUUAUCUGCCUGACCUGUCAGGCCUGCAUCUCCGCGUCUACCAGUUCCAAAAUCUCCUGGCGCGCCACCGUCCCGCUCUGUUUGCACACUUGGAAUCGUUGAACGUGGAGCCAAUCUACGUCUCGCAAUGGUUCCUAUCCUUUUUCGCCGUGGCCUGCCCGCUUCCCAUGCUCCUUCGCAUCUACGACGUCAUUUUCCUCGAAGGAGCGUGCGAGACCUUGAUGCGGGUUGCGCUUGCGCUGAUGCAGAGGAAUGAGAAGAAGAUCAUGGGCUAUUCGGAGUUCGACGAUGUGAUGCAGUUUUUGUUGUCCAGGAGCUUGUGGGAUACAUACGCCUGCCAUGCCGACGAGUUUGUCAAUGAGUUCGUCUCCUUGACCUCUCUAGUGACCAAAGAAAGCCUGCAAGCGCUGGAAGUGAGCUACAACCAGUCUCAAGGCGUGCCGACCGGGAUCACGUUCCCUCAGAUGCAGGCGGCCGCUUCCAGGUUCCUGGGCCGGUUUUGGGCCGGAUCCAGCUCCCAGACGAAGUCGUUCACACUCAACCCCAACAGUGGCAGUAUGUCCACGCGUGGUAGUGUGCGCCGCUCCGCGUCUAAGCAAAGCAUGACCUCCACGUUGAACUCGGUGGAAUCGACGUCCGAUGCGAGCACCGCGCCGACCGAGCUGUCGGCGGAGCCGCAGAAGCCACGGGCCAAGUCGGCCAUCUCGCACAACAAGGAUCGUGGUCUCCACUCGCAGAUCGAGGAUCUGCUGAUGGCGCUCAGCGAUCUGCAGCGACAACACGCGGAUCUCACGCGGGAGCUGGAGCAGGAGCGCGAGGAGCGCGAGGAGGACCAGGAGCUGGCCAAGGCCAUGUUGAACUACAUCAAGGAGCUGGCGCCGGCGGAUCCCCCCACGGAUUUGAUUCGAAAAGCGGAAGAACGGUUCAUCGAGGCUGUGCCCACGAAGGAGGUAUCGAUUCCGCAGACCAAGCAUCAGCUCCGCGAAGAUCUCCAGCGGUGGAAGGCGAUGCACGAGGUCGAGGCGGGCCGAUGCUUCGACCUCACGCGUCGCAUUGACGAACACGAUCAAGAAACUGCGUCACUCCGGGAGCAGCUGCGCGAGGCGCGUGGCCGCAUCCAGGAAGGAUACCGGGACCGCCAACGGCUCGAGCGGACCGUUCGCGAGCUGCGCUCCAUCAAGACGUCCAGCCCCGACACGCCUCCGGAGAUGUUCGGCUCGCCGACCAGUGAGUCCGGCGAGAGCCGGUCGACGGGCGGGCUGCGCGAACUCAAGCUGGUGCGGUCCAACUCCCAGAAGAGCACGAUGUUCGCCAAGCGCUCCAGCAGCCUGGGCCUGCAGAGCGUCCUCGCGACGGAGCAGAACCGGCCGGCACCGGAGGAGACGCUGCUGCUGGAGCUGGUCAAUGCCAAGACGGCCGAGGCGGUGGCCCGACAGGAGCUGGAGGAGGUCAAGGCGAGGCUGGACUCGCUGCGGAAGAUGAUCGGGAACCAGGACUCACUGUCGCGGAGUAAUUCAUUUCUGACGCGGUCGCCGUCGAGUGCCGGCAAGACCCUGACGGAGCCUGCCAACAAUACCGGCGGCUUCUUCAGUGGCUGGGGUCGCCGCGCCGCCUCCACGACCAACGACCCAUACGAGGUGAAAUAG